AUGAAGAACUUGUUCAGCAUGAUGGGUUGGUCGUACGCGUCUUCCAAAGGCGACGGCCGGCGAUCCAGCUAUAACGACGGCCGACGGACCAGCUACAGCGCCGUGCCCGCCGACCACAGGAGGCGUUCGUCGGGGGCCCGGCGUCAGAGUUAUGGGGCCAACAGACGAAAGAGCUUGGACCCUGCUGCGGUGCUUGGCCGACACCUGUUCGAUGGCCGCCUAGCCGAUCCUCGGACAAGACUUACGUGUAAGUACAAAGCAUUCGACUUGUUGCUGUUUAUGUUGUUGCAUACCCAUAUUAUAUAUUAUACCUACCAAUGA